AUGAACGAUGGGGGCAGUCCUGUUGUUCAGCGGAUACCAGAAGAUGUCUGGUGGAUGAUCCUCAACGAUGUGAUCGAUGAACCACUGUUGUUUGCCACCACUUAUAAAGGAAAUGACUGGUUCAAUGAUGGAAACAUGUCAAGGCAGGAGUUUUAUGAUCGAUAUGAGAAGCAAAGAAAGAUCAUCGGUUCUGUAUGCCGACUAUGGCAAACUUUCGCGCCAUACAAGAAGUUUCAUAUAGUAGGAUUGAAGGAUGAUACUGAUUGGGGUCAAGAGACGACGGGAAAGGCACACCACGUCUUGGUCCAUUCGUCCUCCAUACUCUCUCGGUUUGCACCAGGUACGAGUGUAGAAUGGGAGACCCUCGGAUUACGAUUCUCAAAGCAACUUCCUCAACUCGUUUCGAUGCUCUCAUAUCCCCGUCUUCGACGUCUUGGACUAUCCUUGUCAAAAUACACUCUACGGGACCAUCUCCCAUUUGCAGAGACAUUAGGCGCAUUUUCAGAGAUAAAUUGGCUCGAUCUUUACGUCUCCCUCGACUCGGCACCAAACCAUUUCGCCAACACUUCCCCAUCCAUUACCUUACCAAAGCUUGAAGUCCUCUGGU